AUGACCCAUCGAGCCGAUGCAUCCAACACCCUCGACAAUCGUGGUUAUUCCGGGCCACUGAUUCGAGGCCAGAACCCCGCUCUGCUUCUGGAGACUGCAAUGCGAGAUCGAAUUACCGACUCUCUCUAUUGGAAAGAACAGUGCUUUGGCCUAAAUGCUGCUACUCUCUGCGAUAGAGCUGUCGAAUUGACAUACAUUGGCGGGACCUAUGGUGUGGCCAUGAAGCCUACGCCUUUCAUUUGCCUAGCCUUCAAACUACUCACGUUAGUUCCUGACAAAGAAAUUGUCUUGGAAUACUUAAACUCGGGCGGGGAGGAAUGGAAAUACCUUCGUGCUCUUGCCGCAUUCUAUGCGAGGUUAACAUUUGACCCAGCAGACAUUUACAAGACGUUGGAACCCUUCCUGGAAGAUUCGAGAAAGCUGCGACAAAGACGAAAAGAAUCAUACGUCCUAACACACAUGGAUGAAUUUGUGGACAGUCUUUUGACGAAAGAUCGAGUCUGCGGAACGAGUUUGUGGAAAUUGCCCGCUAGACAAUUGCUGGAAGAUCUGGAUCAACUGGAGGAACGAGUUAGUCCGCUUCAAGCUGAAUUGGAUGCGAUGGAAGAGGAUGAUGAAGUGAUGGAAGAUGCGGACCAUAAUGGGAGAGCAAGCGAGAAUGGUGAGAGCCCGAGGUCGAUGAGCAGAAGUAGAAGCAGAAGUGGUUCGGUGAGCGAUUGA